CCUUUUCGGCUCCGCCUGGGCACUCAUGCAUCCAUCAGUGCUCGGCAAGGCUAUGGGGAUUGCGGCAAGGGAGAAGGUAGGCUGCUACCCGGUUAUUUUGUAGCUGCAUUCUACUCGGCCUCCUUCUCCUCUUGCGACGCAAUCUCUCCCAUCAUCGACACCUCUUGCGAUAUGGCUCAUCACCAAAGUCGAGCUUCUCUGGGGCCGUUUUUGGCAAUCGCAAUUGACUUUGGAACGACGUACUCGGGUGUCUCGUACGCACUCUCGACAUGCCCCGAUUCGGUAGUCCCCAUCACUGGAUAUCCAGGCAGUGAGGUCGGAUACAAUGAUCCCGUCCAGGUUCCCAGCGUUCUCGAUCUCGAUACGGGGAAAUGGGGCUACGAGGUGGCACCGAGCAUGAAGCCUAUGAGGUGGUUCAAGAUGCUGCUCCUCAGGGAAGAAGACAUGGGAAAAGACACUCUACAGGACGCAGUAUACGUGACAGAAGCGAGACGGCAGCUUCGGAAGCGAAGAAAGUCGGCCGAAGAUGUGGUUGCGAUAUUCCUAUCCAAGCUUUGGGAGCAUACUCUAGCACAACUCAGAACCAAAAUGCUCGAUGGUCUGCCGUUCAAGGUGGCCAUUACGGUGCCUGCCAUAUGGCCGCCGUAUGCCGAGGAGGCCAUGAGACGAGCAGCGAAAACAGCGGGUAUUCUCAAAUACCGACAUGCAGGCGAUACCACUCUGGAGCUUAUCCAGGAACCUGAAGCUGCGGCGCUGUCGAUAUUGCUUGAGCGGAGGAGUCUUCCAGAGAUUGCGGCAAGUCUAAAGAUCCCAGGUUACAGAGUUAUAUCUAAUUGUCUCGCCAGGCUGGAAACUCAUUUGUCGUUUGCGACGCCGGAGGUGGUACAGUUGUAUGAUGUUAUCAGUUAUAUGAUCAACUCUACAAAUCCUUAUCAGGUCAAAGAAUGUGUAACCGGAGACGGCAAGUUAGCUGGGGCGACUCUUAUUGAUGAAGCAUUUGAGAAUCAUCUCUACACAAAGACAAGCCUCAAGAUCAACGACCUCGAACGCGACGAAUACCAGUCCUUCAUGGCGCGGUGGGAGAUGAACCCCAAGAGACUGUUCAACGGCCAGCCCGAACAGCCCGAUUUCGUUUUCGAUGCGCCGAUUAAAGCAGUCGGGACCUGGAAUCGAAUGAGGAAAAAGACCGAGUUUCGAUUAACCAGCGAGGAGAUGGAAUUCUUCUUUGACAAGUCGUAUACUGGUAUUCGGGUGUUGAUUAGCGAGCAGCUCAAACGAGUAAAACAGGCGACGGGCCAGAGGCCGAAUCACAUCUUCCUUGUAGGCGGGUUGGGCGACUCUCCUUAUAUUUACAAUAAGCUCAAAGCUCUAUAUGCGAACACCACGGUGUUCCGGCCCCAUUCACGGUGGUCAGCUGUAGCGUCAGGUGGUGUUAUGCGAUUACUACGUGACGGCAUUAUCGCCCAAGCACCGCCCAGUCAGGAGAAGGAGCGGGCCCUCAGGUCUCUCCCUGAGGUCUUUUCUCGCAGGUCACGAUAUAACUACGGCAUCGCGGUGAAAUGCGACAUCGAAUACCUCGAUGACUUUGACAUGGAGAAGGAUAAGGUCGAGAUUGGUCCAGAGGGGAGGUACUUUACAUAUCGGAUGCAGUGGUAUCUGGUCAAGGGCGAGGAAGUACUGCGACAUUCACCAGUCGAGGUCCCCUACGACAGAUACGUCCAAGACGAGCGCCCACCCAAAUGCAUCUUUUCCAUCAGAUACAGCCACGAGUCCGAACCGCCCAAACGACGUGAAGCCACAAAGAUCCUCUGUCAGAUGGAGUGCGACUGGGACAAGCCCAUCGAGCAGUGGAAACGAGUAGGAAAUCCCUCUGACGGGUGGAGGAAGUACGACGACUUGACACUGGCCAUGACUUUUGAGGGGGGCCAGCCAAAGUGGCAUCUGCGGGUGGGGACCAAUACGGAGGUGCAGAAUCUUCAGAUAAAGUACAUGGACUGA